AUGGAAGGUUCAAAUAGUUGUGUAGAUGAAAAUGGGAAAACUCCGCACUUUUAUUACCAACGUUCUGUUAUACUUGAACAAGAAUUGAAAGAGUUUAAGUUAAAAUAUAUUAGGACUCAAAAUGAAAGUAAUAGAAAUAGGGAAAUUCUUCAAAACCAAAUUGAAAAAUUACUUACUAUUAACAGGAAACAGGAGUCUUUGCUCUUUGAAUUUGAACAAUAUAGACAAAUUUGUAGAACCGGAGUUGCAAUAAUUUGCAGAUUCUGUGGAUCAAUUGUUGAGAAUGAGGAAGUUAUGCAACAUCUCAUUGAUAGACAUUUAUUUGAAACGAUGGAAAACAAAACAUCGAAUCUAGAAUCAAAUCAAAUUUUUUUAAAGAAUCAACUCGGGAUAGAAAAUACAUUUGAAAGUAUUGGUUCAAAAUGUUUCGAAUUGAUUGCACAAGAUGCAAAUGAGGCAGAAAUGAUUAAUAUUAAUGUUUCAAAACCAAAUAAAAACGACAUUUUGGUUGAAAUUGUAGGAUUUUGUGACGAUAAAAAUGAUUUCUUAAUUUGUUCUACAGAUAGCUUAUUCAAACUACGUACGCAGAUUUCAAAGUUAUUUCCAGAAAUUCCUUUACCAAAAAUAAUAUAUAAAGAUCCUUUGAAUAUUCAAAGAUUUUUGAGGUAUAUAUUAAAUAUUAAAAAUUUGAGAGAAUCAUCCAUUGUUAAAUCAUUCCUAAAUAUAGAGUAA